GUGCCAGGACCAGUGUCCUAUUGGCAAGUACGGUGUAAAGUGCCGGCAGACGUGUCGCUGUGAAAACGGAGCCAAGUGCUACCACAUCAGCGGCGCGUGUCUGUGCGAGCCAGGCUAUACGGGCGAGAUGUGCGAGACCCGGAUCUGCCCAGAGGGCAUUUAUGGCUCCAAGUGUGACAAAACAUGCCCAUGCCAUGGUUCAAACACCAGAAGCUGCCACCCUGUAUCAGGUGAGUGCUCAUGCCAGCCUGGUUGGUCAGGUAUCUACUGUAAUGAAACCUGUCCCCCUGGCUUCUAUGGCGAGGAAUGCCAGCAAGUUUGCCGGUGCCAGAACGGUGCAGACUGCCACAGUGUAACAGGAGAGUGUAUCUGCGCUCCAGGUUUUAAGGGUGUCGAUUGUGCUGUAAAGUGUCCUGCAGGGACUUAUGGAGUGAACUGCUCUUCUGUUUGUACCUGUAAGAAUGGCGCUACUUGUUCUCCUGUGGAUGGAUCCUGCACAUGCAAAGCAGGCUGGCAUGGAGUACACUGCUCUAUAAACUGCCCGAGUGGUACAUGGGGACUGGGCUGUAACCUCACCUGCUUGUGUGGGAACGGUGGAGCAUGUAAUGCCCUGAAUGGCCAGUGCACGUGUGCUCCAGGUUGGAGAGGAGAACGAUGUGACCAGCACUGCCAGGAUGGAACGUAUGGUGUGGAGUGUCAGGAACGAUGUGACUGCAGUCAUGCUGAUGGGUGCGACCAUGCCACUGGCCACUGCCGCUGUCUUGCAGGCUGGACAGGGAUCCACUGUGACAGCGUUUGUGCUGAGGGUCUCUGGGGGCCAAACUGCUCAGUGCUCUGUAACUGCAAGAACGGAGCAUCCUGUUCACCUGAUGAAGGAACCUGUGAGUGUGCCCCCGGCUUCAGAGGAACCACAUGCCAACGGAUUUGCUCUCCUGGGUACUUUGGGCACCGCUGCAGUCAGGCGUGCCCACAGUGCGUCCACAGUAACGGCCCCUGUCAUCACGUCACAGGCCAGUGUGACUGUCUUUCUGGUUUUAAAGGAGCGCUCUGCAAUGAAGUGUGUCCUAACGGCAGGUUUGGAAAGAACUGUGCCUCGACAUGCACCUGCACCAAUAAUGGCACAUGUAACCCUAUUGAUGGCUCGUGCCAGUGUUACCCAGGCUGGAUUGGGAGUGACUGCUCACAGCCAUGCCCUCCUGGUCACUGGGGUCCGAACUGCAUUCACACAUGCAACUGUCAUAACGGAGCCUACUGCAGUGCUUACGAUGGAGAGUGCAAAUGUACACCCGGAUGGACCGGCCUUUACUGCACACAGCGCUGUCCGUUAGGUUUCUAUGGUAAAGACUGUUCCGAGACCUGUCAGUGUCAGAACGGUGCCGACUGUGACCACAUCUCCGGGCAGUGUACCUGCCGCAGAGGCUUCAUGGGACGACAUUGUGAACAAAAAUGCUUGCCCGGGACAUACGGCUUCGGUUGCAGGCAGAUGUGUGACUGCCUUAAUAACUCCACCUGUGAUCACGUGACAGGGACAUGCUACUGCAACCCGGGCUGGAAAGGUGCCCGCUGUGACCAAGCUGGCGUAAUCAUCGUGGGCAACCUUAAUAGUCUGACCAGCGCAGCUGUGCCAAUCGAUUCCUAUCAGGUUGGUGCCAUCGCAGGAAUCAUAGUUCUGGUUCUGAUGGUGCUCUUCCUCCUGCUCCUUUUCAUCAUCUACCGAAAAAAGCUAAAGGGCAAGGAGCCCGCAAUGCCCUCCGUCACAUACACCCCUGCCAUGCGGGUUAACGCAGACUACACCAUUACAGAUUCAAUGCCCCACACAAACGAGGGUCCUCCUAACAGUAACUACUUCUCCAAUCCCAGCUAUCACACUUUGGCACAGUGUACUAGCCCAACUCGUGUCAACAACCUGCCUUACGGAAAGACAAAGAACAACCAGUUGUUUGUUAACCUGAAGAAUGUGGAACAGAGAAAGCGGCCGUCACUGAGGGAUCACACUGGAACCCUGCCGGCUGACUGGAAACAAGGCAACUGCUUUAAUGAGCUUGGAGCUUAUGGAAUUGACAGACGUUAUUUGGGAAAAUCUCUUAGAG